UUGUCUGUUUCAACCUACAACCAUUGUGUAGAAAAUAUAUAAUAAAGAUGGUUGUAAUCAAGGCGUUACGGCCGGCGAUUUGGUGUUCCUCCUCCGGUUUUGAUGGUGGCCGUUUGGUACCGGCGGACGAGGUUAGAUUCGUGCAGUUUCCAUUGCCGGCGUUGUCGCUUUCUUUGAGGUUGAGUAGCGGCAACAAUGCCAAGUUGAGAUUGGUUCAGGCAACGGAGGAAUCGUCUAUGCCGAUUACGAAUGAUCACGCUGCUUCUAUUUCUGGUGAAAAUCUCCACCAGAUAGCUACUAAUGGCAAGGCAACAAACAUUGUAUGGCACAAAAGUCCUAUUGGGAAACUUAAUCGGCAAGAGUUACUUCAGCAAAAGGGUUGUGUCAUAUGGAUUACGGGUCUCAGUGGCUCAGGAAAGAGCACUCUGGCUUGUGCUCUGUGCCAUGCCUUGUAUGCUAAGGGGAAGUUGGCUUACAUCCUUGAUGGGGAUAAUGUUCGGCAUGGUUUAAACUGUGACCUUAGCUUUAAAGCAGAGGAUCGGGCGGAAAACAUACGAAGGAUUGGAGAGGUAGCAAAACUCUUUGCUGAUGCAGGCAUCAUCUGCAUUGCCAGUGUAAUAUCUCCCUACAAAAAAGAUAGGGAUGCCUGUCGUGCGCUGUUGCCAGAAGGAGAUUUCAUUGAGGUGUUCAUGAAUGUGCCACUCCAAAUAUGCGAGGCAAGGGACCCAAAAGGCCUAUACAAGCUUGCAAGAGCUGGAAAAAUUAAAGGUUUUACUGGCAUAGAUGAUCCGUACGAACCACCCCUGAGUUGCGAGUUAGAAUUGCCACAAAAGGGAAACAUCUGUGCUUCCCCAUGCGAAAUGGCUGAUAAUGUGAUAUCUUACCUGGAGGAGAAGGGGUAUCUGCAGGCCUAGCAAGAGAGAAACCCUGCAAUUCCAGGUUGCCAUAAUCACCUUAGAAUUAGUAUGCUGGAUCAAUUAAAACUGAUCCUUUUUCUAAAUUAACAAGUUUCUCGUUUCCUUAAUUAGAGAAACCUCUUGUUUCGUAUAUGUAUCCUGUUUCUGGCAUCAAGGAAACUCCUUUCCUGUAUCUUAUAUCCUGUAUACUUUAUCAGGCCUUCUAUAUUCUAUAUGCCACGUUGAGUAGUUGGCUUCA